GGGGUAACGAAGGAGUCACGUAACCCUGAAAAGUGUAGCUUUUGUCUCUCGUAUUCCAGGGUCGAGUCUGUAAAGACGUCCCGCGUGGAGUGAGGAACUGGGAGCGUAACGUGGGGAAAGCAUUGCACUCCUAAGGAAGCUUUUGAUGGAGAUAUCUGGAGACUGCAGCACCCCAUAUGCCAGAGUGACUCCUAAAUACCAUACUCGUCUGCAAGGGAUAGAGCCACAAGUGGGCAAAAGACGCUUAUCUCAGGCACGUCAUAGAGCUACUUUGGCAGGACUGUUCAACAGCUUACGAGAAACUGUAUUUUCGCAGCAAGAAAAUUCUGUCUCAAAGUCUCAGGUCUUAUGCCAAGCUAAGAAUUAUAUCCUGGAACUGGAGCAAACUUUGGAAAAUCUGUUGAAGAUGAAAGAAGUUUUAAAUCUGGAAGACGGCAAUCCAUCCAGUUUGGAAGAUGUAAAGGAGGAAUAUGUCAAGAUGUAUUUCAACAAUCAUAGGAUCGUACACUCUUCAGAUGUUUUGAGUCAAAAUGGCACCACGGUCUGGUACGUGAUCCAAGAACAUGAGAAACCAAUUGUAGAAGAAGAUGUAAGUCAAAGGCUAACACAGUCAUCAACUACCUCUUCUCCUGAUCUCAUGGAGUUUGAACGAUACUUGUAUUUUUACAAGCAGACUGUAGACUUGCUGGUUGAUAAUGCAGUUGUAAGCCCAGAAGAAGUUAUGCUCCCUGUGGUCUCCACAGCUGUUUCCCAUCUGUGGCAGGGACUCCCAGAAGACAGGAAGGACAGUGUUUUGCAGUACUGUAGUCAAAGACAGAAUUUCAUCUCUGAGAUCAAGACAGCUUCUCAAGAACCUGCCUGUACUAAUGAGAGCAGUGUGAGGGACAGUGGAACCAAUAGUCAGGAAGCCAGCGGUUCAGUAGCAUCCACACCGGAGGAGAUCCUCUUUGAAGAUGCUUUUGAUGUGGCCACUAGUUUUCUUGAUAGAAAUGAAGUACAAGAAAUAUCCAGUCAAAGCUCAGCAUUCACAGUCUGUGCUUCAGAUAGUCAAGAGGAUAACCAUCGUCUCUACUUGCAGAUCAUCAGCUUCUUGAAAAACCUGUUUUUUGCUAGCACACAACCAUCACAGGAAGAAAUUCUUCAGUUAGACUACGAGACUGUGAUGUUGAGAUGCACGGAGACAUUUGAUGAUGAUUUGUAACUGAACAUGUUUGCAUUAAGUGCAGAAAUUUAGCUGCUGUUUAACAUUUUCCCACUUUCCUUAAAAAAGGAAAAAGAAGCAUUACCACGGGAGUUGUUACUACAAUUUUUCAUCAUACAUCAUGUUACAAACAGUUCUGUUUAUGUUGGCUUUGCAGUUUCUCAGCAGUUAUUUUACGUGUAUCAAAGUUUAAUAUUCAUAAAGUUCUUUUUUAAAUAUAUGUCUUCAGUGUU